AUGCAGCUCCCCAAGGCAUGUGAGAACGCCUCCUGGCUUCUGGUGCACACGAACGCCUCGGACUUCAAGAAGGGAAGCAUGGAAGCUCCGGAGUAUUACGGCAAUGCCGUGGCCUGCACUGGCCGCGAUGUCGUGGCCAAUGCCCUCGAGAAUGGCUACGAGGAGUUUGAGCUGGAGUUCCUCCCUGCAGAGCUGAACGACACCGCAGUUUUGCAGAAGCCCAAGGCGUUGCAGCCGGCGGUGCUGAAGCCCUUUGUCCGCUCUUGUUCGCUGACCGCUUCAUCCACUGCUGUCUUCGGCACCCUGGAGGACCCCGAGCAUUUCUCCCUGCACCCGUGCGAGUGCUUCGGGGAAGCGCAUUCUCAAACGUCGCCUGUGCUGCAGUCUUCCGAUCUGAAGGUACCCAGCAGCAGCGGCUACAACGUGGGAAAGGUCCAAGAUCAGCAGAUCUUCUCGGGGCCUUACACCUGUGAGGACACAGCGGUCCUCUCGCAGUCCUUUGACACCACCCUCUCGAACUGCGCGUCCGGCUGUCAUGCCAACGCCAGCUGCGCCUUUUACCAGUUCUGCGCAACGUCGGAGACCUGCACUCUCUUCGAGCGCUGUGAAUUCGUCCAACGGCUCGCCGUGCAGAUGGUCAACGACCUGUAUGGCAUCGCGCCCCAAGGUGACUUUUGCCGCAUCGCCGACCCGGACAAGUGCUGGAAAGAGAUUCGGCGCCGGAGCUACCUCAGCCUGACACCUUCCGAUGUGCCUCGUUGCCUCUUCGAGGACCAGUACAACGCUUGUGACGCGCUCCAGCAGAUCUCGGGCGUGGAGGCUGGGACCUGCUCUAGAUGUGAGUACAUCAAUGCCUCCAGCGAGUAUGCGACCAAGGGCAUGCAAAAGGUGCCUUUGCCAGCAAUGUUCCCAGCCACAUCUCAGAUAUCUAUCAGCUGCAACUACACGACUCGCAUGUUCUCAAGGCAGGACGAUGGCCGAAAGUGGGAGGGCCCGCGUCAAAGCGCCAUCUUUACAUGUGUCAGCGGCCAGUGGGUUGGCGAGCUGGGCCCGUGGCAGUACGUCGGCAACCUGAGCUGCCAGGAGAGUUGA